AUGGUUGUUGAAGUGGAGAUGACAGUAUUGUGCCAGUUAUUAAAUGUUGUAUCAUUUAAAGAGGACGGCCGAAGAUUUGUGCUACAUCUUGAGGAAGCUGAUCCUAAAAGUUCAUUAAACGCGCCGUUAAUCGAAUUUCCGGCACGGAAGGAUGAGUAUCAACAACGGUUGUUGAAGUUGCAUACUUCUGAAUAUAAAUAA